UUCCUUUGGUCUUCUAUAUAUAUGUAGUUGUAUGUAUCAUCAUCUCCUUAAAGGUGCAUACCCACAUUGGAAUUAUGGGUGGAACUUCUUUCUUGAUCUCACCUUUGCUGCUUCUCUUCUCAUUUUUAAUAAUUAUUGCUUCUGCUUAUUGUGGUUAUGGCCCAGAACCCGUCCACAUUAAAAAGACAGACUCAGAAAUGAAGGAAAACCCACUCCCCAUCGGUAUUCAAGGAAUUAUUUUAUGCAAAUCAGGUUCUAAUUAUGAACCGAUACAAGGGGCCGUGACAAGGGUGACAUGUUUGGCUGUGGAUGAGAAUGGGUACGAGACGGCACCUUUCUCUGUCUUGAGCUAUCCAAGUGAUGCAAAGGGUUACUUCUUUGCAACACUGUAUCCUUCUCAAAUCAGCAAUGACUUGAAGAUUGCGGAAUGCAAGGCAUUUCUUGAAGACUCUCCAUUGCAGAACUGUAAAGUUCCAACAGAUGUUAACAAAGGCAUUAGUGGUGCUCUUCUUUCUGCUUAUCGUCUCCUCAAAAACAAGAAUAUGAGAUUGUACUCUGUCGGACCUUUCUUUUACACCACAGAGGAACCUUCACCUGUCUCUAUUGGCUAUUAAGAUUCACUGUUUUUUUCCUUUAGUUUAAUUUUUGCUGAUAUUACGUAUUAAUGGGUAUGAGGAAUGUUGUAGCCUCUGCCCUUUGCCAUUU